GGGCCUAUCAUAUAGUAGUUGAUUCCCACGUAACCUAUUACCUGUACCUCAUAAUAACCAAUUCUGAAUAUUACGAUAAUUAAUCGAAGAAUCCUUCCUCAUUUACCUGUAUAACGCAGCUGAAUUAAACGCAUUGAAAAUGGUGAUACGUUGUAUCGAAGUCAGUGGAAGUCGCAAGACCUAGCGCGCCUCUACGCGACCCCUGAUUGGUCCGCUCAGUACGAGUGGGGAAGCUGGCAUAAAUACGCCAUUCUUCGUGAGGUCGAACUUCGAAUCGUCUAGUUGUUCUCCGUAUAGUACUCUGUGAAUUUAACUCUACCUGAUACUAACGAAUUCUGAAUGUUGUGGUAAUUGAACGAAGAAUCCUGGCUCAUUGAUAUAUUCAACGCCGCUGAAUUAAAUGCGUUAAAAAUGGUAAUACAUAUCAUUAGUCGCGAUACUGGACGCAACAAGUCAAAGCCGGUAGCCAUUGUGAAUAAUUUUUGAAUUCUUGCCACAACUUGAGCACCUCCGCAGUCGAAUUGGAGUGCAUAGUCGGUGCAUGUAUAUCUAUGAUGCAAGAUCUACGAGCAUUCGUACCGGAUCUCCGCUUUUCCUGCCACGAAAAUUGCACAGAACUCAGAACCUAAGGCACAUGCAGCGGAGAAGGAUCUCGAAGCUUCUUGAACCUAACGUGUCAGUGUGAAGUGGAAAAUCUCUGUAACUGGAAUUUCGCGAAAGAAUCCAAUGGAUCUCUAAUAUUCGCUGAAAACAGGAAACAUUGCUCUCAAAAUCGCCAAAGGCUAACUAACAAGCCCUUAUCACACUGUAUUCUUCACACAUAAUGCUUCUGAUAACGGACUUGUUUCGACCGUCCUUAUCUGAUCGCCAACACGCCCUACCCUCUACCUCCUGUGAUGUCUGUUUUUCGAUGAUCGUAUCCGUAUGCGUAUUAUAUAUACAUAUGUAUGUACAACACACAAGGUGUACCGAGUUUUAGAAUCACCGGUGGCUAAAACACCUCAACGAGGGAAUCUGACUGGUAACCCACGUCUCGUACGCGACAUUGCUGCAGAUAUUCAUUCAAGCAUCCAACAAUGGAAUAAUGUACACCUGCAUGCUGUUCCAAUUUUGAAAAACAUAUGUCAAUUGAAAAUAGAUGAGAAAUUUCCAGAUGGUCUGCAGGAUUUAUGCGAUAUCUUGGAGAAGGAUUGCCAAACCUUGGAUGAGAUUGUUUGCACCUUAAAACUGUUAUCUCAUCAAAUGAAUGUUGUUGCAUCAUUAAACAAAGGUCCUGAGAAUUUGUUUUUAACAUGGCCAACGUACAAAUUUGGCGAAGUCACCGAACAAAUUUACAAUGUAUACAAAGAUGAAGCUGAGGUAAAGCGAAAGGUAUUAGAAAAUGUGGCCCACAAUUAUGAAGAGUCAUGGAAAAUGUUACACCUUACAACUUGGGUUCACCAAGUUAACAUAUCGGAAAAUGUAACUACACUUUUAGAGUCACUGUUGGUUGAAACGAGCCUCAGAUAAGAUAAUAUCCAGACUAGUCUCCAUUAUCCCUGGGCUGCAAUCAGUUUCUUUUUAGUCUUAUCGCACAGAUACAGGUGUAUUAGGUUUUCUUCGUCAAAUGAAGAUGUUAUAUCUGGAAUUGAAUGGUAAAGAUAGAUGGAUCUUUCAGUAGUAUCUAUGGUGUAAGACAGUUGUAUUAGAUAUAAUUUAUAACAAUUACGGCUUUACAUAGUAACAGUGAGCUAUUAUAAAUUUUUCUACAAGUGUGAAGUCUAAUCCUAUAUUUACAAACUUAAGAAAAUAAAAUUGUACAUUUUAUUUCGAAAUGCAAAACCAUAACAAUGUAGUAACAUAAAUAAAAUAUGUAUGUACAGUAGA